AUGUACAGUACCAAAUAUCCACUCUUAUUCAUUUGUGUCAUUCUUUCUCUGGUUCUUCUUUGGUGUACCAAUGCUGAAUCAAGUGAACAACAAGAACAUAUUUCGGAAUUCAGCCCUGAAGAAGAUACCGAUGAAUCUGUUGAUGUUUAUCGUCGUGCAUCGCUUCGUCCUGUUGUUGUGUAUCAACGAGCAUCGCUUCGACCAUUCACUGGCAAACGAGCAUCAUUAAGACCAUUUGGAAAACGUGCCUCACUUCGACCAUUUGGCAAACGCGCAUCGUUACGUCCUCCGAGUUAUUUCGGCAAAUGA